UUCAAGUCACUAACGUUGUAUAAAAUCGGUACCGAGUGACGUUGUCUGUGUCAGACCACACUGACAGCGCAUCUUUCCUAUCUUUUGAUAUGGAGAUGGCUAAACUGACUAACAUUCAAACUUCUGAGGCUGCUCAAAUUGUGGGGAUUGGUGUUGAUGCUCAGGUUGACACGGAGCUUCCUCAGUCCCUUGCUGAUAUUGUUGGAAAGACCUACACCUUUCAGCUCAAAUUGAAAGAUUUCAAUUUCUCCUCCAAGCACCAAACAUUCACUAUCUCUCGCAUCUUUCCGGAGCGACUGCUUGCACCCAUGCCUGCCUUUGUCGUUGCUAUGUUCCCGACGUUGCACCUCCUGAGAUAGUGGCUCAACCACCAAAUGCCAACGUUGGAACGACUUCCACUGGAGCAGACAGUCCAGCUUCAUCUGAUGCUUCAGCUGCUAAACGUCCACCAACGGCCAAGGAUGAAGAUGAUGUUGACAAGACUUCCCCAAAGAAGGCACAUGUGGAAUGAGUCCAUUGCUCCAGCUUGAACAACCACACCUGCUUCAGUUUCUAAUUAUGCUCUACUUUUUUCAUUUCUUCUUUUGAACUAUCUCGCUUUGUCUUUUAAGGUGUUGUGUCAUGCUUUUGUGUUUUUCUUGUGGUUGUGAACUAUUUCGAUUUGGCUUUUAAAUGAAUGUGGUUGUUCGUUUUAUUUUAUAAAUCUACACCUCUUCGUAUAUCAUUGUACUUAUCAAGACUUAGAAAUUUUCUUAUGGUUUGGAGAUUUUGCAAAGUUGUAGCCAUUACAGAUAUAACUGAGAAACGGGCAGCACAUUUAUAGUUCCCUUUUUGAACUAUAAUAUAACAUAACAGAUAUAACUGACAUACGGGUUUUGUUUUUGUGACCAUGACAAAAUUGCUAAGUACAUGCUUUAGUGUUUUUCAUGUGGUUGGGAACUAUUUCGCUUUGAAAAAAAUUUCAUAACAAAAUUGCAAAGUACAUACUUAAAUUUUUCCUCAUCGAGUUUGAAAAUUUUGCAUGGUUUUUCGGACUUACUUUGCAUUUAUAAUAUACUUUACUAAAAAACAUAAGUUGCUCUGCAACAAACACAAAAACAAAAAUAUUAGAAGAAGAUUGUCCAGCGUUCCCGUGCUGUACAAGCAACUAGGGAAAACAAAAACAUUGCCGGGAAGAAUGUCUCAGGCAAGGAGCACAACGACAAGGAAAAGCAUAUUAGACUCCUCACCUUUAUAAAUUCGUUAUGGAGAUUUUUCAUACGUGACUUUUGGAAUACACUUACCAAGAACAAACAUAUUAGAGACCCAUGUAGAAGGAAAGCUUAGCCAUACUGUGACUGCAUACUAACCAAAUGUCUUGCUCCUUUAAUUAAUAGUAACUGUAGAAUGGUGUCUAUACAACUCCCAUUCAGUUGCACAUUCAAAGUUAUUUCAAUGGCCAGCCGUUACAGACGUACACGCCUAUUCUUCAUCCUUACUGUUCUAAUGCAAAAUUUCUCUCUACGAAAGCUUAGCCAAUAACGUUUCAGAAGUCAUGGUAAAGACUCAAGAUGAAGGUAAAACAAGAGCUAAAAGAGGGAGACCUUUCAAAAAUCUUAAUAUUUCUGGAGCUUCUACAGCAUCAUCAUCAUCUACAGCGAAGAAAACCCAUAAGAAAAGGAAUGGUUAGUCCUAAACAAACUUCUUCCUUCUCUGUACAACUAGGUAUUAUGACUAACUCUAAUCCUUUAAACUCGGAUCAUACAGCACCUGAUCUAGAGAGACCUUGGUUUCAAGAGCAAUAUCUAUCACUCACACCAGGCCUCUUUGUCGGCGAAAUAUCAGAUGUAGCUCGCUCCAAUGGUAAAUCCUCUGUUAUGCUUUGAAGUAAUUCAAUUUCUUUCCACAUAUUCUUUCACCCACUUUCCGGUACUCUUUUAUACUCACAGUGGCUAAUGGAAGACUGGCAAGACAAAGAAGACUUGCAAUCCGCAGAAGCAAACGUGACAAGUUGCAACGGCCAGGCAAGCUAAAAACAUACAAAUACUUUGCAAAGCUUCCAACUGAGUUUAACAAAAAUUACUAACAUUUUUUUAAAAACAGCAACUCUUACUUCAAGUGGAAGCCGUCAAGGUAUUAUAAAUCUACAUGGUCAUGUUACACAUACUUUCCAGUACAAUUGUGACUCAGACAAGAUUUUUGAAAUGGCAGUGAGGAGACGAAAACCAGAUGUGAAUAAUUGGGAGUUGGUAACAUGCUCUGCUUGUCAAGCUAUUGUCUGGAUUGGUGAGGCUGUGGUGCUGUCAGCAAGGCCGUGUGAAGCUGCCACCUAGACGUCACCCACCAUCACCUUUGAAAGAGCUGUUUGAUAGACCCUGUUUUAUGCUACAGAUUCGAGUUGCUAAUGGAAUGUUAUCAUUCACAUCGAUGGGUGGUCAGAUUGACCACACUGUGACAGGUACUCCUGGACCCUUCGCAUUUAGGCUCCAUGGGCAGACUCACCACAGGAUUGGCUCUCUCCUCCCACCUGAGGGCAAUGCUCCUCAGUAUCUGCAGAUGUAUAUAGUGGACACAGAAAAUGAAAUAGCAAACAGAAAGAAGGCUUUCAGCAAAGGUACAUCCUCUGUGGAGAUUGAUGACAGUUUGAUAGCUGAUUUAAUCAAAAUGUUGGAUGAGAAUAAUCACCUGGCCAAAACUUUCCGUCAUGCAAGAGAUCGUCUUUUAUCCGGUGAUGCAGUUGAGUUCAGCCUCACCUUAGUAAAUCAGAAGCAUAGAGGGAGGCAAUAUGACUUGCCAACAGCUGGAGAGAUUGGUGGCCUGAUAAUUGGUGAUUUCAAUUCAAAAACGGCAGGUAAAGACAUUGUGCUUGAGUACAAAUCAGCAAAGCUCCAGAGGAUAAGCGAUUUACACCCUCUAUUUAUGAGCCUUCAGUACCCAUUACUCUUUCCAUAUGGAGAAUACGGUUAUGACGAGAAAAUACCCUCUGAUGUGUCUGUCAACUCUAAGAUUAAAAGAGAAUACAUGACAAUGAGAGAAUACUAUGCUCACCAGAUCCAAACUAGACCAUCUGAGGGUAUGACUAUCAUCAAGUUAGGAAGGCUACUACACCAGUAUAUUGUCGAUACUUACACUGCAACAGAGCAGGAGAGACUUCGGUUUAUCAGACUUAACCAGAAGAAACUGCGAGCUGAAUUAUAUACAAAUGUCUGUGACGCCUUAGACAGUGGAGAUACAGAUGUUGCGCACAUAGGGAGAAAAGUCAUACUGCCUUCUUCAUUCACUGCAGGACCCAGCUAUAUGUCUGAGAAGUAUCAAGAUGCCAUGGCUCUUUGUCGAUUUUAUGGUAGCCCAAACCUUUUCAUCACAUUCACAGCAAACCCAAAUUGGGUUGAACUGAAAGAGCACAUGGACGCCUAUGGAGGUGGCUCGCCCAACAAUAGACCAGACCUUGAGUGCAGAGUUUUUAAACUUAAGCUUGACGAAAUGAUGUCAGACCUUAAGAAAGGUGUUUUCUUUCCAAAAAUGGUUGCAGGUAUAUUGUAAGCUACGUUAUAUUCAUACUUGUGGUAUCCAUGUCAUACUUUACUCAGUUUCUUGACUAACAAGGUAUUUUUAUGCUAUAAAUUCAGUAGUCUACACGAUCGAGUUUCAAAAACGGGGACUUCCCCACGCCCAUAUUCUUCUUUGGUUCGUAAGGAUUUAGAGGGGAGGCCACAGCUGCAGAUAUUGAUUAGUACAUAUCAGCUGAGCUCCCUGACAGAGACACAGACAGAGAGGGUUUCGAGUUGGUUGAGAGGCACAUGAUUCACGGGCCGUGUGGAAAAAGACGGCCACAGUCACCCUGCAUGGAGAAAGGAGAGUGCACAAAGAAGUAUCCUAAGGCCUACUCAAACAACACAAAGAUUGAUAAGUCUGGCUUUGCUGUUUACAGAAGACGUGUUCAGAGCAGCGCCUACGAUUUGAAAGGAGCUGUGGAGCUAGGCAAUCAAUAUGUGGUGCCUUAUAGCCUAGCACUCCUCAAAAAAUAUCAAACCCAUAUCAAUGUUGAGUGGUGCUGCAAGACCAGUGCUAUUAAAUAUCUUUUCAAAUACAUAACUAAGGGGGUGGAUCGAGCACUGCUACUGCUUCAGGAGAAGGGGAAGAGCAAAGAAGAGAUAGAGAAGGAGAAGAAGCACCUUGAGCUUGAUGAAAUAGACAGAUUUCAAGAAUGCCGUUAUAUUUCAGCAUGUGAGGCCUCAUGGAGACUGUUUUCUUUUCACAUCCACCACAACCAGCCUUCAGUAAUGAAACUGGAACUUCACCUUCCAGGGAAGCACAGGGUUCUAAUUGAUCCCACUAAGAGUUAAGAGGAAGUUCUCUCAAGAGAAGAUAUCGAGAAAACAAUGCUCACUGCGUAUUUUGCUGCAAACGCCAAAUAUGAAGAAGCAAGGGAGCUUACGUACAUUCAGUUUCCAUCCCGGUUUGUCUACCACAGUGACA